GAGAGAGACUGCCGUGAAAUGAAAGGCGUCGCUUAUAAAGAGGAGGCGACGUUUUGCACAGCAGUAGUAGAGGAACAGAACGCGGCAGUGAUGAAGGUACGGUGGUGUCAGUUCUCAACGGUGGCGCUGCUGGUGGUGGUGGUGGUGGUAGUGGUUGGCUUCUGCACUGCUCAGAACUCCGCCUCAAGGGAGGACUCCAAUGAAAGUUUCCACCCAAGCCCUUUGAUCAACGAUUCUCCCUUCUCCUUCCGUCCCAGACCCAGAGGAGGACGAUCUUUUGACACUACAGGUCCUUCAUUUUCCUCUCCCUCUAUAGUUUCCCCUUCCGCUUUUCGUUCUCCCAAUUCCUUUCCAUUUCCUUCCUCCUCUGAAAAGUUCUCGUCGUAUUCCAGUCUGAAGUCACCGUCACCCUCCGCCUCUUUCUCCUCUCCAUCAUUCUCAUUAUUUUCCUCUCCGCCACACAUUUCCUCCCUCUCCACGUUCAUUCCCUCCUCCCAGUCCUUCUCCAUAGUCCAAGCUAAUGGAGUGAGGCUACAUGACACGAGCUCCUCCCACGACUCACGUGAAAGCUUCGGAUUACCACACAGUCCCUCCCUCGACUAUUCAGCACCUGGAAUCUCCCCCACACUGAACAGUCACGGGAGCACUGGACUUAUAUCUGCUCCCCAACAAAGCUAUGACACCCUUCCCCGAGUCAGCCUACCCCCUCACAACCCUACCCCUGCCCCCAUACAAGAUUACGGUCCUUCCCCCUCUGGACCCUCCCAUGGCUCUUCGUAUCUUCCACCACCUACAUCCCACCACAAUCACGACUCGAGGGAAAGGUUGGACAGUCUCGAAAUCCCAGACAACAGCUUCGGGGAUUCCAUAGAGAGCUUCUUCAGUGGUUCCUUUCGUGAUGCAGCGCCAUCUGGCACCUCUAGUUUCUUCAAUUCCCAGCCAACAAUAGGAUUCUCUAACCCGCCUGACAGAUCAACCUCACACGAAACAUUCCUUCGUCCUGCCACAUUCAAUUCUCAGUCAAUAGGUUUCUCUAAUCCUCGUGGUACACCCGGUUCCCAUGAUAUAAUACAUCGUCCUACUACCUUCAAUCCAUCGUCAGGCUUUUCUCUAACAUCUAGUGAAUUAAGAUCAACUGAAAAUUUUCCUUCCCUUAAAAAUCAUAGGCCAUCCCUACAGAGAUUUCCCUCUUCCCCUUCCGACCACCUGUCUUCUUCUAACACAUUCCGUGGCCCUGGUGUUGGCUCUCUUUCGCUUCAUGACUCGAGCGAAACUUCCUCUGAGUUGUUUUUGAGGACAAGUGGACAGCCGCAGCCCAACCUCUCUCAACAAGUCUCCGGUCAGCAGCAGACAAGCUUUGUUGGGGCAUUCCCAAACUACUUCUUCAAUUACAACGUGCACGAUUCAGAAGAGGAUGCCUUGGAUUCCCUUGGGCAGGGUAAGAGGGGACCUAACUUCGGGCACAGCGAGAGGCGCGAGGGCAGCCGCACCGAAGGUCGUUACUACGUUGAGCUGCCGGACGGCCGCACGCAGGUGGUGGAGUACUACGCGGACGAGACCGGAUACCACCCAACCAUUACGUAUAUAUAGAGAGUGAACGGUAGUACCUGUUUGGGUAUAUAGCUGACUAUUUAUCUAUCUACUCAGCUUCAUAUGACUUCGUUGUUGUAGUGUCGGUAUUCGUUAAGCAAAUACCUAAUCAAUAUCUGCCCGUUGCUCAAAAACUCUUAAUGUCUACGGAGUUGUGAGUAUAGGUAAGAGUAAGCGAUGAAACACAGGAGAGUAUUUCCCUCACAGAGUUGAUCGUUCUCUGCCUGUCAUUCACAUACUCACCAAACCAAACAAACGCUCGAUGCUUCUGAAUCACUCCAUUUGAGUCACGGUGGGCUACUGAGUACACAGCUUCCACCAGUCAUUGUUGUACGCUGAUUUUGUACAUCAUCGUACUCAGCAGUCAGCAGGAUAAACGAACCAUGGUAUUUGUUUACAUUCGUAUUUCACACCACGCCGAGGGUGGACUUACUGAGGACAGCCAAAAGAAUGUUGCUCUGCAGGAAAGGCGCGAACUUGUGUAAAUACCAGGAAAUAAAGAAAAGUUGUGGC